AUGUUUUGGGUUGAGCUGUCAACCUAUCAGAAGGAUCAUCCAGAGAAGACAGUGAAUGAGUCCGACAUAGUUUGGGAAAAUGUGGACGGCAUUUGGAAGCAGGGGGUUAACAUCACUACCGGACGUGCUGGCUACUAUCGCCGAGUUGAUGCACAGGAAAAGGAAGUGAACAUGGAAGUGGAGGUGUUCAAGGAAUAUGAAGAGAAGGUUGCCAAGCAUCGCGAUUCACUGUUUGCAUCAACACCAAAUACCAAUGAUCCUGGUAUCACAGAUACAUUGAAAUCAGCAGCCAAAGAACUACGUGAGCUUACCAACCAGAUCAAGAGCAAGAUCAAAAGCCUUGGACGAAGAAAAGACACAGGUGAUGAUCUCAAGCAUGGUUUGCAAACGCUUGCUGAUGAACUUGUCAUCAUGAACAACCUCGCGACACACUUGGUCAUGCACAAUGCCUCAGAUAUGGAUCUCAUUGAGUGUAUCAAUACUCAUCAUGAGUGGAAAUUUGCUAGAGGAAUUGUCAAGCGGGCCUUCAAAUGCUCCAUCAUCACAAGUCUCAAAUUCAGCGAUUGGGUAGCCUUCACCAAUACUCGGCAGACUAUGAUUGAUGCACUGGACAAGAAGGAUGGCAAUGAGUUCUUUUGCUUGAUGGUCAGCGAGGUUGAGCUUCUUUCCGAUGCUGUUGAUCCACUACGUGCAUUUGUCUUCCACUUGGAGAAACAAGACUUCGUGAUUGACACUUCUUUGGGAUGCACUUUGAAGUCGCUGACAAUUGUGCUGAAUCCGAAAGCUCAUAUGCCAGAUGACAUCAAGACUGCCAUUGCAUCAUUGCAAACAAAAGCCGACUCAAUGGUUGCCAAUGCAGAUUCAGGCUUAGCUGCAGUGUUUCAAGGCCUGUCCCAAGGCAAAGCUCUAUUGAAACAAAGUCGGGACAUUGCUGAGAAGACUUCCAAGGACAUGGCGUUUCUUGACGAAGCAUCAAGCACUUUGCAAAAGCUUGAUGAAUUUCUCAAUGAUCAAUCUGACAGUGCAUUUGACUUUACUGCUGGCUUGACCUUGGCACAUACGACUGCAACAUCUUUGCAGGACAUGUGCACCAAGUUUGUAUCUCCGAUUCAAUGUGAAUAUGAACGCAUCAUUGGAUCUCGAAAAGGACAUUAUGACAAAGAUGGAUGCAAAAUGAUCAAUGACUUCAAUGGUUUGAUCAAGACAUUGCCCGAGCUGAAGGAUACUACAUUGGCGGAGCUCAAUCGUUUCAAGAAGACUCUUGAUCCGCUUGUGCAACGCAUUUCAAAGUUCUGCGACAGUUCACAGGGACUUAUCGUGUCUGUGCAGAAGGAUGUUGAGGCCUUUGGCAAAGGCAAAGGCGAAGCCACCGCCUACGCCUCCCAUACCUUCACGGAAGAGAAAGGUGUAUCACAUACACCUAUUGCCGUUGCAGCCGCCAAAGCUUUCACACUACCUCCUCCUCACCCUACCGAAUCAGCAGAUGACCAUUCCAGUGACAACUCGAGCUCAUCUGAUUCGCCAAGAGAUGAUGCUUCAGUUCCGAAAGCAGCGCCACCACAGCGUGAGUCUGAUACGGGGAUGACUCAUGCCAACAACGCUGAAGGAUCCGAGCCAAUCAUGAAACCUGCAGUAGAUGCCAAGACAAUGACCAAGACCUCUGUGGCAGAUAUUUUGGAGGAUGCCACAAAAGCUGGUACCAGCAGUGAUGAAGUGAUCCAGAACAAGCUCGAGUUUCUCAAUGACGCCGAGUUUGAUGGCUUGCUGGCAGAUGCAUGCAACCAUCCGCUUUUGAUUUACUACAGUCAUCACCUCCGGUCAGAGAAGAUAGUUGACGAUGACUGGGAGUUUGGGCAUGAAGAUGGUGAUCCAUAUGAAGAUCUUGCUCAUUUCUUGAGAUGGCUAGCAUCAUAUGGACCAGACUACAUCAAUGCAGUUGUGAACACACAGGACAAGCCAGACUCUGCAAUGGCAACCACUCAGGCUGCUAAAGAGUCGUUGGAAACAGCUUUGGAGAACAUCAUGGACAUUGAAGAGACGACCAAGAACAUUAUUUCAGCAGAACCAAUAGCAACAUCAACUUUGAAUGACUUCAAGAAGAAUGAUGAAAAUCCAGGCGAUCAAGAGCUGGACAAGAGACUGAAGAGACUGGACUUCUGGGCACUCAUCCAUUGCAGUGAUUUGAAAGAGGGGGCUGGCGACAAUGAGAACUGGCUGCACAUGAGACGUGGCAUCGUGGAAUCAGCUGCCCAGGACGACUUUCUACUUCCCAAAACUGAUGAGCUCCUGAUGGAUGAGCUUGAACGACGGCUCAAGAACAAGUCUGACCGCGAGCGCCGCAAAGCAGAACAAAUCGAUCAAGAUGGUGAUGCUAGCUUGAACACCAAAGGUGCCGAGGGGUUCAGUUUACCGUUUGUUGGCUUUGCGACGCUCGUUUUUGAAAAGGCCAUGGCUGCGCAACUGAAGGAGAUCGUGGAUCGCCUCAAUGCGGAGCCUUUCAACUUGGACUUAUCACUGGACCCAUUCGAGCUCAUGGAGAUUCUCAAGAAGGUCCUCACAUUCCUGGACCCAAAGCAUGAUGUGGACGUGAGAGAGGAGAAGCCGGACGCGACGUACCAGCGCAUUUCGGAGUUCUUGCACAUCCUUGGGUACCAGUGUUCUUUCGACAUCGAGUUUCAGCAAGGUCUGAUGUCAGGUGACAAGAACACGAUCCACCCAAUCUUGUACUGGCUGCUGAACAAUCUUGAAGCGCUUCGAAAAAGGGCCUACUUGGCCAAAUUCUGCAUGAACCUGGAGGUUCCAGAGGAGUUUCUGCGAGAAGAGCAGGUGGCCGAGGUUUACCGGAGUUACAAGGAGCUGCAGUCUCAGUUUAAAGCGACGCAUUCGCACGUCGAGCAGGAGCGGCAAGGUCGGAUGAACCCUUCCGACUUGCAGAGAGAGGUACAGCAGCUAGAUGCCGAACGAGAGCAGCUGGCGCAAAAGAUUCAGCUUCUCAAGGCGAAGACCGAGAGAGAUGAAGGCUUUGCACAGCUCUUGCAGGCCAAGCGAAACAUAAUGAGAUCGAACAGUGGAGGUCAAUGA